AUGCCUCCGCAGCAGCUGCUGCAGCAUGACAAGCCCACCGGCGACGAGCUCUUCCACGCGCCCGAGCUCGUGCAAGCCAUGGGCUCGGCGUCCGAGCUCCAAAACUCGGCGAUGAACGAGCUCUUUGUGAGCGCGCAGAUCUUUGCCGACGGGCUGCCGAUGCAUACGAUGCCGAUCUGCACCAAGAGCCCGAGCAAGGUCAGCGCGUCGUGCUUGUACUGGAACGAGUGGAUCACGCUGCCCGUCAAGUUUCGCGACCUCCCGCGCAAUGCGGUCAUUGCGCUCACGAUCUGGGGCGUCGGCGAAGUGCCCGUCGGUGGCACGACCGUGCCCCUCUUUGGCCGCAACGGCCUCCUCAAGGACGGCGCGCUCUGCCUCCGUGUCUGGCCGCGCGUCGCCGCCGACCCGGACGUGCUCACGACGACGCCGUCCGACUACGAGCACGACAACCAAGCCGAGAUUGUCACGCGGCAAAUGGAGUGCUUUCGCCUCGACAAGCUCAAGGAGCGCUACGACCGCCACGAGAUGCUCCGCCUCGACUGGGUCGACCGCAUCACGAACCGCCGCAUUGCGCGCAUGCGCAGCAACGCCGAGUGCCCGGGCCCGAAGGAAGAAUUUCCGUCGUACAUUCAUGUACGCAACGACCCCUGCCUCUGGAUCGACCUCCCGUACUUUGGCCACCCCGUCGUGUACGAAGAAGAGCCGUACCCAAUCCGGAAUGCCAACCUCUACGGCGACGCAGCGACGCGGCCGCCCGCAUCGCUCGCCGGCGAGACGCCAGCGGCGCAUCCCCGGUCGCUGAGCCGCAUUGAUAACACGACCGACUCGGCCCUUGUUGCUGUGUGGGACCCGGACCUCGCCGAGGACAACCCGGCCGAGCGCAAGUACCGCAAGCUCGCACGUGACAUUCUCCGCGGGUCCAUUGACCCGAAUCUGAAGCCGAACCGCGAGGAAAAGUUUCGUAUCGACAAGCUCCUCGGGUCGUCGAGCGACCACCUCAAGAACGACGAGAAGGACUUGCUGUGGAAGUUCCGGUACACGCUCGUCGAGAACCGCAAGGCGAUCGUCAAGUUCCUUCUGAGUGUCGACUGGCUCGACGAGACCGAGGUGACGCUCACGUCCGAGCUGCUCACGGCGUGGACCGAGAUCGACGUGGCCGAUGCGCUCAAGCUGCUCGGUCCGCGCAAGGAGUUUCGGAGCGACCUCGUGCGUCAUUUUGCAGUCGCGGCGCUCGACAAAGCACGCAACGAAGAGCUCCUGGACUUUCUUUUGCAGCUCGUGCAGGCGCUGCGGUACGAACGCCGCCACGAGGCGUCGCUCGGGCCGCUGGCGCGCUUCCUCAUUUCGCGCGCGUGCAAGCACUUCAAGAUGGCCAACUUUUUUUACUGGUACCUCCAAGUCGAGGUCUCGGACGUCCGCGACGGCGACAUGUUUACGCGCAUUCUGGAGCGCAUGCUCUCGCAGAUGCGCGAGUCGGACGACGGUGUCGCGAUUCUCAACAUGCUCCAGACGCAGAACGAGUACAUGAACCGUAUCAUGGCACUGCACUUGCGCGCCCGCGACGAAAAAGGCAAGAAGGAUGCGAAAGAAGAGAAGCUCAAGCAGUACCUCAAGCAAAUGGUGUGGCCCAAAGGCGUCCACAUUCGACUGCCGCUGGACCCGUCGAUCCAUCUCUCGGGCAUCGUGCCGACGUCAGCCAAGAUGUUCAAGAGCGCGAUGUACCCAUGCGUGCUGGACUUUACCACGGUCCUCGUCGAAGCCGACGUGGCUGAGGACACGGAAGCCACGUCGCUGCGCGAGUCGCUGAGUGUGCUCAACUCGGGCCCGUCGUCGUUUACGGCGCCGCCGCCGCUCACGUCCAUGACGUCGAAUCGCUUUCUGGGCUUGCGUCGGGACAAGGACGGACCCGCGUACAAGGUCAUGAUCAAGAAUGGCGACGAUUUGCGCCAGGACCAGCUCGUCAUGCAGAUGUUUAGCCUCAUGGACCGGCUGCUCAAAAAAGUGAAUCUGGACCUGAAGCUCGUGUCGUACCAGAUUCUGGCCACGUCGCCGUCCGCGGGCCUCAUGAUGUUUGUCAACGAUUCGUAUCCGGUGUCGGGCGUCAUCUCCAACUACAAGACGAUCCAAGCCUUCCUUCGCGCGCACAACCCAGACCCGAGCGGAUACGAAGGCAUUGCGCUCGAGGCCAUCAACACGUACGUGCGGUCGCUCGCGGGCUCGUGCGUCUUUUCGUACAUCCUUGGUAUUGGCGACCGGCACUUGGAGAACGUCAUGAUGAAGAGCCAAGGCCACCUCUUCCACAUCGACUUUGGCUUUAUCUUUGGCGCUGACCCCAAGCCGUUCCCGCCGCCCUUCAAGCUCACAAAGGAAAUGGUCGAAGGCAUGGGCGGCACCAAGAGCGAGCACUACAACAAGUUUGAGACGCUUUGUUGCCAAGCCUACAACUGGCUGCGCAAGAGUGCGCCCAUGAUCCUCAACUUGCUCCACUUGAUGGUGGACGCGGGCAUCGAAGGCUACACCAACGACCCGCAGACGGUCCUCGCCAAGGUCGAAGAACGCUUCCGCCUCGAUCUCACGGACGAGCAAGCCGAGCAGUUUUUCCUCCAGCUCAUUUCGGACAGCAUGAACGCCCUCUUCCCUGUGCUCGCCGACAUUGCGCACGACAUUCGCGUCAAAAUGCGAUAA